AUGGAUGACGGCAACAAUUUCGAUCGAUGCCCCGACGACGUCGUCGUCGGAAGCAUCCUCUCUCGCCUCCCAGUCUCCGAUCUCGUCCGUUUCGGAGUUAUCUCCCGGCGGUGGAGAAAUCAAUGGACAUCCGUUCGCUCCCUCGACUUCGCGCCCGAUCGCUACUUCAAUUUCCUCGAUAACACUGAAUCCUUCGACGAAGUCUUCACCGGCGUCUUAAACCGCCUCCAAUCGGAGUUUCCGAUCAACCUCAUCCGCUGCAGCAUUGCGCUCCCCCUCGGCGUCAAUAGCAUCGUCCUUAGCCGCUGGCUCAGCCUCCUCGGGGGGUGCUCCGUCCGCGACCUCGCCCUCCGCAGCCACACAGGAUACGUGUUCCUCUGUUCCUUCCUCAGCCUCGUCCCCUCGCUCGAACACCUUGAGCUCGCCCGCCACGUGCGCCUCUCCACCUCGCCUGACGACCCUUUUUUGCCGCGUCUCCGCUCCGUGGCGCUGUGCGGUGUCAAGAUGUCGAUCGGCGAGACGCUCGCGUUCUUCCUGUCGAAGUGCCCGGCCCUGGAGCGCCUCCGCCUUGACGGGUGCAUCUUCAUGGGGGGGCAGACGCUGAGGGUCGUGGACGCGCCGCGUCUGAGUCACCUCGCGGUGCUCAACACCUCGCUGCGCGGGAUCGAGAUCGCCGCGCCUGCGCUCACCACCCUCGAGAUGGACGGCGUCUCCAUGGACAGGAAAGUCGUCCUCAACGUUCCUUCUCUUCGUUUCCUCACCACCUCCUACGUUGCCGGCAACAGAAAAUACUUCUUCUCCAGCAUCCUCGAGACGAUUCAAUUCGAUUGCGGAGCAUUCGCGAACCUACUCAGGUUAUCGAUCAGGAUUGACAUGAGCAACACGAUGGAGGCCGUUCUGUUGGCUUCUGCUCUCAGGGCCUGCCUCCUGCUCAAGGAACUGCGUCUAACGAUUAAUCCAGCGAAGACGAACUGUUGCUCACUGCCAUAUGACCAAUUUAGGUUUUGGGAGAAGCAAAACUACUUCGACUGCCUGAGUUGGCACUUGGAGUACGCCAGCAUCGCCAACUACGGCGAGCACUGUGACGAAUUAGAUUUUGUUCAGUUUUUGGCUAGGGAAGCGCUAGUGCUGAAGAAAUUGGUGAUUUGGCGCAGCAGAAUUAAUGGUGAGAUUAAUGCUAGUGCGGGAGAAAUACGUUUCAUGGCGACUGCGUCCACCUUCACCAACGCAGCUUCCCCUUGGCUUGAUGUAGUCUGGAAUUAAUAGUGCGAUUUACGAUCUUCAAAUUUAUUUGAUUGUUUAAAUUUUUUAUAUUUUAAACUUCGUAUAUCGAAAGUACGGUAACAUUUUAUUUUGCUUAAUCUCUUGAUGUUUAGAAAAU